AUGUCGAACCCUACUCCGCCACCGCCACUAAAAGAUGACAUCCUUGAACUCAUAGGAAACACCCCGCUCGUGAAGCUUAACCGUAUUCCGCAAUCACUAGGAAUCAAGCCCCAAAUCUACGCCAAAGUGGAGCUUUUCAACGCGGGCGGGUCAAUCAAGGACCGUAUAGCCAAAAACAUGGUGUUGGAAGCUGAGAAACAGGGCAGAAUUAAGCCAGGGUACACUUUGAUUGAACCAACGUCGGGAAACACCGGUAUCGGUUUGGCGUUAGUGGGAGCCGUGCGUGGAUACAGAACCAUCAUCACUUUGCCUGAGAAAAUGUCCAAUGAAAAGGUGUCCGUUUUGAAAGCGUUGGGCGCUGAGAUUAUUCGUACCCCCACCGAGGCAGCGUGGGAUGCGCCGGAGUCCCAUAUUGGUGUUGCUCGUAAAUUGGAAAAAGAGAUCCCCAACUCCGUCAUUUUGGACCAAUACUCGAACCCGGCGAACCCCGAUGCUCAUUACUACGGCACUGGAUACGAGAUCUGGGAACAGACUCAGGGUAAAGUGACUCAUUUGGUUGCUGGUGCCGGUACUGGUGGUACCAUUAGUGGUAUGGCCAAGUAUUUGAAGGAGAAAAACCCCAAAGUUCAUGUCACGGGUGCUGAUCCCAAGGGUUCAAUCUUGGCUCAGCCUGAUAGCUUGAAUACUAGCACCGAGGGGUAUCUUGUGGAAGGUAUUGGAUACGACUUUAUCCCCGAGGUGUUGAACAGGAAAUACGUUGACCACUGGAUCAAGACUGAUGAUGCUGAAUCUUUCAAAUUGGCUCGUAGAAUCAUUAGAGAAGAAGGUAUCUUGGUUGGCGGAUCCUCCGGUUCCGCAUUGCAAGCCGCGUUGGAAGUUGCCAAGGGUUUAACCGAAGAUGACGUUGUCGUUGUUGUGUUCCCCGACUCCAUCAGGUCCUACUUGAGCAAAUUUGCCGAUGACGAGUGGUUGAAAUCCAACGGAUUUAGCGUUGAAGAGACGGAAACUGUUAAUAAAUCAGACGAGUUUUUGCGCCAAAAGACCAUCAGGGAUUUGGUUGCGGGCAAGGCCCCCGUGGUUACCGUUACUUUGAACGAUACCGUGGGCAAGACGUUUGACUUGUUGCAAUCAAACGGCUUUGACCAAUUGCCCGUGUUGAACAAGACGGGACAAUUAGUAGGGUUGAUUACGUUAUCCAAGAUUUUGAAAUCCUUGUCUACGCAAAAGAUCCAAUUGACCAACUCCAUCAGCUCCAUCAUUAUCGAUUUCAGAAAAUUGGCCGACUUUGAGAAAUCCAAAUCCGUUAAUAAGGAAUCGGGGUUCACCAAGAGAAACUAUGAUGCAAUCACAUUGGAUACUAAAUUGAGUGUGUUGAACAAGUUUUUCGAAACAAACUCCAAUGCCAUCAUCACUGAUGAGGAGUUGAAGCCAGUGCAGAUUGUCACUAAGGUGGACUUGCUCUCGUACUUGACCAAAAACUUUAACUUUUAA